UUUAGCAUUGGAAAUGCUUAAAAAUAAAAAUAAUGUUUUUAAAGUCUUGCUUUAACCUUUCCCUCUACAUUUGUUGUGUUGUGGAGACCGAACAGAACCAGUCCUACCAGCACACCGCAAGCACCCUGUUUAGCCACUGCCCUCGUCGUCGCAAAAGCUGUCCUCAUAAGCUGUAACCAGGAAUUUCGAAAGUGCUUUCCCUAGAGGAAGAUGAUUGUUCUCAAAGACAUUGUGCCUGCAGCUCAAAACAACAUAGACACAAAAUUUAUAGUUUUGGAGAAAGGGAAGAUAACACUUGAAGGACAAAAUAAGAUAUGUUUGGCGCUUGUAGCCGAUGAAACUGCUGCAAUUCAUCUUCAGCUUUGGGGAGAUGAAUGUGAUUACUAUGAUUCAGGUGACAUCAUUUAUAUAACCAAUGGUAUAUUUUCCUAUCAGCGUGGUAACCUUGUUCUAAGGGCAGGUAAGAGAGGGAAGCUUGAGAAGAUAGGGGAAUUUACCAUGUCCUAUGUUGAGACACCAAACAUGAGUGAGAUUCAUUGGAUUCCAGAUCCAACUAAUCCUAGAAAGUAUAUCCAAGAGUAUGUCAUAUCUCCCCAUUCCCGCGUCUUCUCUCCAAUUCUGUAGAAUUUUAUGUACAUUUUCACUAACUGCAAAGUUAUCAACUUGUUGAAAAACCGUCUUUUAUCUUAGGUUUGUCAUGCAUGUUCUGUUUAUUUUGGCAAUCUGGUAACUUUGAGAAGUUGAAUAAACCAGUUAAGUUUGCUGAAGUCCUAAACAUGAAUCCAUGUAUGAGAGAAACAAAGUAUAAAUUUCCAUUAUAUAUGCAGUGGUUGUCCGUUUGGA